AUGAGGCGGUAUAGUUUGCUGGCUCAAGAGCCGACCAUGAACGAGCCAAGUUCCGGCAAGCAGAUUUUGAAGGUCGUCGCAUCCAUUGUCGCCGGCGGAUCCUUUCUUCUCAUCUCUGCCUUCAUUAUGAUCGGGACCAUCUUAGCCAUUACCUUGGCCACUCCACUGGCUGUCAUAUUCAGCCCUGUUCUGGUUCCAGCCACGAUCACUGCUUUCUUGAUCAUAGCGGGAUUUUUGGGAUCCGGCGGUUUCGGGAUAGCGGCUCUGACAGUGCUAACAUGGAUCUAUAGAUAUAUAACUGGAAAACAUCCACUAGGUUCGAAACAACUAGAGUAUGCUAGAAUGAGGCUGGCUGGUAAGGCACAUGAGAUCAAGGGUCGGGCGGAGCAGUUCCGGCAGGAACAAGUUACCGGAACUCAGUAG